UAUUGCCUUUCUUCUACUCAGAAGAGACCCGGCAGUUUCAUUUUAGUAAUAAGAAGGACAAGAAGCUAAAACACUCACGGCCGGAGCCACGCAUCUGACAUUAAAGUCUAUAGAAAUAAGAGCAGAGAAAAGGAAGGCAAGAGUUCUCUUAUGUUCAAGGAAAGAAGAAGUAUGUCACGCCUGUCUUUGACCCGGUCCCCAGUUUCUCCUCUGGCCACUCAAGGAAUCCCUCUACCAGCUCAGCUGACAAAAGCAAACGCCCCGGUCCACAUCGAUGUUGGGGGACACAUGUACACCAGCAGCCUGGCAACCCUUACCAGAUACCCAGAUUCAAGGAUCAGCUGCCUGUUCAAUGGCACAGAGCCCAUUGUGCUGGACAGCUUGAAGCAGCACUACUUCAUUGACCGGGAUGGAGAGAUAUUCCGCUACAUUCUCAGUUUCCUGCGGACCAGCAAACUGCUCCUGCCCGAUGACUUCAAGGACUUCCACCUGCUGUAUGAGGAGGCACGGUACUACCAGCUGACACCCAUGAUCAAGGAGCUGGAGCGCUGGAAGCAGGAAAGGGAGCAGCGAAAGCUGGUGCAGCCCUGCGACUGUCUGGUGGUACGAGUCACCCCCGACCUGGGCGAGAGGAUUGCCCUGAGUGGGGAGAAGGUUCUGAUCGAGGAGAUCUUCCCUGAGACCGGGGACGUCAUGUGCAACUCGGUCAAUGCUGGCUGGAACCAGGACCCCACACAUGUCAUCCGCUUUCCCCUCAAUGGCUAUUGCAGGCUCAAUUCGGUGCAGGUCCUGGAGCGGCUCUUCCUGAAGGGCUUCAGCGUGGUGGCGUCGUGCGGCGGUGGUGUAGACUCCUCCCAGUUUAGUGAGUACAUCCUGUGCCGAGAGGCCCGACGCUGUCAGCCCAUCAACACCCCGAUCAGAAUAAAGCAGGAGCCCCUGAACUAAGCCAUGCUGGGGGGGAGACUGGUGCUGUGGUGGACACUUCUGCUGAACAAAUCCCCCUACCCCAACACAAGAACUGCAGAAGUCAUGAGUGUUAGCCAGACGCCAGCACACAUCAAUGGCUCUCUGGAACAUAGCAAUCUGAGGGGAAUGUAAUGUCAAAAAGAAAAAGAAAAUGCUUUGAUACUUUUAAGAAGACCCAAAGAUGUUUCAACAAUAUGCCACGAAGAAACAAAGGAAAGCUCAUCUGAACAUUUCACUGUUGCAUCUGAGUGCUUUCUCCUCUUUUGUAAGGCACUCUGGCCCUCAUGGCAGACAGGUACGGACCCCAUGGAGGAGCAGAGCGCCAUCUCUCACUUCAGCACAUUCCGUUUGUCAUUCAGUUCUGUCUGUGUGUUCUGUGUGGCAAUGCAGCUGAUUGGACAGAAUUGUCCUCCCUACACUGACAAUGCAGCACAACAUUGCACAAUACAACACAGCAAAACACAGUACACCCCCUACAUAACACCACAAAAUACAAGAGUGCAACACUACACUCUGCACAACACA